CCGCGUAUUUAGUGGAUAAACAACCUCUUUGCGGUGCGCACGUGUGUUCGUCUACGAACCUUUACGAUUUCGAAUCUUAAAAAUAAUAUAGUCUGCAAGUGUUGUUCGUGGAGGAUGGAUUAAGUGUUGACAGGAGUAACUAUUUGAAACUGAAAGUUUAUAAGUGUCUGUGAAAAGUGGGAUCAGGUCAAAAGUCCCCUAGCUUAAAAGGUCACCGGCUGCGGUUGAGCCCUAGGCGCGAGUAACUGAUUAUAAAAACAAUGACCGUCAAGAAAUCGAAUCGAUGUGGAGGUUGGGCAGCAAUCGUCGCAAGGCAGAAAUUGCAUAAUGCGAAACAAGAGUUAGAUGUUGUUAACAUAAAUAAACAGACAACACAUGAUGAUUACAACACAAUCGUUGGGUUCAACGAGAAAGACCAAUUACAAUUACGAACUAGAGAAGAAGCAAUAGAGGAUGAUAAACAAAAACUUAUUAAAGAUUACAAUUUUAAAACGAAUAAAUAUGAGAACAUCGCCAUUGAUGACAUUAUUACAUGCGUCAAUAUUGAAAAUUUCCCGAAUUGCGAAAACACUCUAGUCUUCUACGUAACUAAAAAUAUAAAUAAGGAAGCUAUUGCGCUCAAAUUCGAAAACGAGCAGGACUUCAAAAGAAUAUAUUUCACAUAUAAAUACUUUAAAAUGCGGAAUCGGCUUACAACAAAUUACACAAGUAGUGAUAGCCUCUUUGCGAAAAAGAAUCUUAAAAAUAGAAAAAACAGUAUGGAGGACUAUGGAUUUUACGAUAAAAAGCUCGAAUAUGAUGUGAAACAGAUAGAGCACGAUGGAGUGACCCAUAUAUCAGUUCAACAAAAAGGCUUCAAUUCAAAAUAUGAUCAACCCUUAAGUUUAAUUGGUAUAAGAAACGAUUAUGACGCUGGUGAAAUAGAUAGUAUAAUAUACACUGAUAUAGAAAUUCCAGCAAAACCUCAAAAGAAAAAAUUAUUUAAUAAGAAAGCUAAGGCUCCAUCACCUCCAAUACUAACAAAAGAAACGCCGAAGGUGUUAAAAGGCGAAUUUGUUAGAGUGAACGUAGACAGAUCACCAGAUGUUGUUCCGAAAGAUUUUAAACAGAAUAAAAUUCCUGAUAUCCUUAUAUUUCGGGAUAAGUCAAAACGAGGCAGUCCAACAAGUAAUCUGUGGUCUACAAAUAAAGUGAACACGGGCUACGACUCCGAUUGCGAGGAAUGGAGAAGCAGCCGGUCUCAGUUCUCAACGACAGCGUUUGACAGCCUCGCCCGCCCCACCAAAACUGCAAUGGCCUUAACCCUCAGGAAACCGCAGCGAGUAGAACCGGUCCCUCAAUAUUAUCGCCUAAACGACACAUCCAAACUAACACCACUCCAGUUCCGGCCGAACAAUUUCCUCCCCCGACCUCCGAGACUACCUAGAGCCAGCACAGAUAAAAGAAACCUGGUAGAUCAUAGGAUGUACACCUCUUUACAAAACCUGGAGAUGCCAAAGAAACUAAGCGAGCCAAAAAAACAAAAUGAAAAGAAGAACUAUUCAAACAUUUCCAAUAAGAUUACCGGGUUGACUAACAAAUUGAGAGAUUUCGGUAAUGGCAACACCAUUGGAAGGUUUAAGGCGCAAUCGCACAGCGACGUAGCUAAUUUAAAGCCAGUAUUAAAAAGUCAUGAUGGAGCAAAACGAUCCGUUGUUCGGACGUGUAGUGCUGAGCCACCAAAGAAAGUUACAUUCAGCGCGUUUGCAACUGUCCAAGUCGUCUGAACGUUGAUAAUAAGAAUCGAGAAAUCAAAGUUAAAUGUAUUUUAUUCGUCGCCAAUAAUUAUUACGAAAAAAAUUUAAAAAUUAAAACUUAUAUAAAAUUCACUGUAAAAACGCAUCCGACAAAGUAUUCCUUUUCGACAUACGUUUCGAUGAAAAAAAAUCAAUAUUAAAACAACGGUAACAUAUAUAAAUUUGAUCUUUUAUAGGAAAAGCCCUUAGAAGUAUAUUGUCAGUCAAGUAUUGAAGCACCUAGUAGAUGUAUAUUUUAAAUAAUAUGCAGGUCGGGAAAUCGUGUAAAUAGUACUAGUUAGCUUUUGUUGGUAACAAUUAAUGUUGUAUUAGCAAAAACCGAUAUUAUUGAUACAGGCAAUUAAGCAAUUUCAUGAUAAAGUAUUAUGUAAUAAUGCGUUAAAUUGAAUUUGUACUUGAGACUAGAUUCAGAGGGAACAGAUUUGGGGAGGGCCUUUUGCAUUAGUGUUUUGAGUCCCACCAUUUUAUUUCAUAUUUAAUCACUGACUAAUAAUGAUUAUUAAAUUACUAGAGACGAUUUAUACUAUUAGAAUAUUUGUGGUAUCUACAUUGACCAAAUAUAACAGAACAUAUUCUAUUACAAAGUUUUUUUUAGUAUUGGUUUCUAGGAUUUUAAAAAUUAAAAGUAUCAUAACUUCGUACCUUUUUAAAAUCUACAGACAAAUCACACCCAUUACAAUUCAAAUAAUUCAGUGACUUCCGUAAAAAGCAGUUGUAGGAAAGUUACAACACGUCGCUAUAUUUUCCCGUAUACUGUUAAAAUAGUUUUUAAACAAACUAUCAAAGCGCGCUCCGAUGGACUGCUUUUAUUACCUACAUUAUGUUCCCGGGAGGCUGUCAGUCCCGCCCAGUUCCCCAACUAUCAGGACCUGAAGUGCUUGACCAAUUGAAAUGCCACCAAUCUUUGUGAGAGAGAUUGCCGUCGGUCAAUUUCAGAUGAAUGUAAAUCUGAAAUAUUGUUAUUUAUUUAUUCUUUGUGAAUAAUUAUUAUAAGCAGUAGUCUGAGUAGGCGCUUUGCACUUUGACCUCAUAUAAGGGUCCUUGCACUGACGUAGUUGUAUAUUUUGUGAGUAUUAGUCACUUUUAUAGCAUAUAUAAUAUAUACUAAUCGAAACGUCGAAACGUCGACGUGAAACUUUUCUUAUCACUCCACAUAAGUUACCUUAAACUGAUUCAAUUUUUUUUGGCAUAAUUGUUUUUAUUCUGUGUACAAAAUUAUUAUCUACUUUCAAUAUACCACAUAGGUUCAGUAAACUUAUAUACUUAUUAUUUAAUAUUGUGUUUGUAUGUAAAUAUAUAUAAUUUAAUGAUCAUUUUGUUAAAUGAACUUUCUCUAAUAUAGGCACUUUAUUUUGCGCGCCAU